AUGAGUAAAGGAUACUCGAUUGUUAAAUUACUGUGUUGUGAAAUUAUCACCAGUGUGACGGUCGGCUCUCGAGUGAGCACUGAUGCUGGCGAAGAUUCUGCUGACGAUCUAGAUGAAUCUCACACCGACGACAUAUCGAGAGUAACUGACAUAGAGAAUGAAACUCCUAGUUAUUCGGAAGAUACGUUUUCAAAGGACGAUGUAUUUUACAACGCCUCGAGUGCAUCAAUAGGCUGCGCCCCCGUCAUCCCGACCAGUUCGCAGUACGGACUCGCGAUAGUCGGCCAGGACAACGCCGCUAAUCAGAUAACAGGAGCAGUGCCAAAUAGUAAUAAUACAGAAGCAACUGACAUGCAUGUCAACGUCACUAACGCUGGAACAGGCAGCAUUAUUAAUCUCAUAGGAAAUUCUAAGCCUCAAGAAGGUAUGAAAGAAAUACAAGAACACGUUAGAAAUGAGCGGUUUAAAGUUGUCAAAAUUGAAAGUACUGAACCUUUUCGUAGGGGCCGGUGGAUGUGUAUGGACUACUUGGAUCAUACAAGCUCUCAGCAAAAUGCACCAAUUACAUUGAACAACAACUCUGAUGUAACUGAGACUAAUACGCUGCAAGCUCCAGACAGUGGUGUAGUUAUAAAUGAUAGUCAACAUGAUGAAAUUACUAAUGAUCUGACUAACAAAGGGCCUAAAGAUAUGCAAGGAAAUGCUCCAACUGUUCAGCAGCUAGAACAAACUCUUCAAAAACAAUUCCCUAUGGCUUCCCCUGGGCAAUCAUUGACUCAGCCACUUAAUGUGGUGCAGCAACAGAUGCCUGUUUCUCAAUCGGUAUCUGUUCAGUCACCACCUUUAGAAAUGCCACAGCAAAUGCCAAAUCCUAAUAUGCAGACUAAUCAGCAAGUUGGUCAACAGCAUCCUCAGAGCAUGACUCACAUAACUAUGCAGAAUGCUGGCCAAAAUCAUCCACAACAGACACAACAACAACAAAUUCAACAAAUACCACAAAGUUUUCCUCAACACCAAUUGCAACAAGUUAUAGCUCAAUCUCAAGGCAUUCCUCUGCAACAAAUUCCUAUGCAUCAACAGAUGCCUCAGCAGAUGCAACAAAUACCUAAUCAACAAAUGCAGCAAAUGAGUCAACAUUUGCCCCAGGCACAAAUUCCUAACAUGUCACAAAUGCAGCAGCAAAUGCCACAAAUGCAAGGUAUGCCAAAUCAAGGGCAAAUGACCCAAGUCCCUAAUCAACAACCACAAAUGCAGCCAAUGCAAAUGCAACAGAUACAAGGCCAACCAAAUCCUCAGAUGCACAUGCAACAAGCUCAAAUGCCGAAUAUGGGUCAAACUCACCAUCUUCAGGGACAACAGCCUAUGGGAGCGCAACAGGCUCAACUUCAGCAUUUGCCAAGUCAAGCUCAGAUACAAGCCCUACAAAAUCAACAAUUACCCAACCACAUUCAGCAAAUGCAAAUGCCUACGCAAUUGACCGGUGCUAACCAACAGAUUCCUCAGAUGCAAACACAAAUGCAUCAAUUGCCAUCACAACCUCAGCAGUCUGUUGUGACAGGUAUGCAUCCGCAAAUGCAACAACAAGGCAUGUCUGGUGUUCAACAGCAAUAUAACCAGGCUGUCAGCCAGCAAUCCAAUGCUCAGUCAAUGAUUAAUGCUAGUAUGCCAUCAUCACAACAGCAGAUGGUACAACCACAACAUAGUGUGCCACAGUACCAUGCACAGCAAUCACAGAUGAACCAGCAAGGCCAAACUAUGCCACAAGAGGUGCUCACAAGUAUUGUUACAUCACAGCAAGGUGCAACUCUACCUACAAAUCUUCAACCGAUGGCUUCUCAACCACAGGGUUCAACAUUGCCUUCUAAUCUCCAGAGCCUCAGCCAGCAGCAGCCAAACACAGUGCACACCAUAGCUCCGCAGCAAGGGAAUGUACCCCAGGGAAAUAUACAACAAAUGAUGGCUGCUGCACCUCAGAAUAUGCAGAUGACUCUAGACGGGAAUCAGCCUAGUAUGCAGAUACCCGCCUCAGAUCCUAUAUUCAUGCAACCAGCGAACGUCGGUCAGCAGAUGCCAGUUGGGCAGCACAUGGGGCAACAGAAUAUGCUGCCUCAACAGGUUGGUGGCCAGGGCCAAAUGGGGGGCGUGCAGUACGUUCCUAAUCAGCCAGUGGGGCAGGUGUCAAUGGCACACCAGAACAUUCCGAUGUCAAUGCCAGUUGGUAUGGGUGGUGGGGUCCAUUCUAAUGUGGUGCAGUCCCAGACUAGCAUUGGCCUUGCAUAUGGUGGUGUCGUCCCAGUUAUGUCCCAAAGCAGUGUAGCGCCUGUCGAAGCUGCAGUGUCAGGGACUAACUCGCCUGUAGUGUCUAUGCCAGUGAGCUCAACUGCAUAUGUAGGGAAUCAGGCUCAACCUGGCCAUGACAGUCAGGGCUUCGGCAGCCCAGUGAGUGCAGUGGUGUCUCAUGCCGUUAGUGGCGCAGUGAUGAGCAAUGUGAAUGUGAAUGCAUGUGACAGUGGUGCUCCAGAUGUGUCCACGGAUACGUUGCAGGCUGGUGAUACUGGCGAUGGCAAAGAGGAACCGCAGCCUGCUCCACCCCCAGAGGAUGAAAGGUUAGUUACAACUUAUAUUUAUUGA